CGUGAUGCUAACAGAGGUUAUGGCUGUAUGGAUAUGGAAAGGCUCCAAACGCUCCAUAAAAGCUCAAUAAUUAAUUCAGCGAUAAAUUAUUCAAUUGUGUUCUGUAUUAUAAUACAUACUCGAAGUAUCUUCCUUUACCACCAUCACAAUGUUUUGGAGUUUAGUUGUAAAACCGGGGAAGCGGUAUUCUUCCACUGUAAAAGAAUCAUUUCAUUUAUCUAUGGCCACAUUGGAUGUUAAAACUUGCAAAAAUGAUCACGAUGUACAUCCUGUUUUGAUCGAAGUCGAUGGCCAGGAGUUAUUGCUGUGUAAUUUAUCGAAAUCUGGUACUCCUCACUCUGGUCUGGAUUUAAUAUUUGAAAAAGACACUAAGAUCACUUUUUCCACCAGUGGCAAAGCCACUAUUCAUUUGACUGGCUAUUGUAUUCAGGAAGAUGGCGAUAGCGACGAUAACGAUAAUUACAGUAGCCUAGAAGAACAAGAAGAUGAAUCUUUUAGUGAAUUAGUUAAUGCCAAUAGAAAAUCGAAAAAUACCUGUAAACAAAAUGAUACUAAACGUAAACUCAAAUCUGUCGAUGCUAUUUCGAAGAAAAAGCCGAAGGGUGCUCAAACUGAUUCAGACGACAAUGAAGACGAAUGUGCAAAAUUGGGCAAACCCGUCAUUCCGAUCAAACCUCCCAAUCUAGACGUAUUGGACUUCGAACCAACCACUUUAUGGGAUACGCUUGAAUUUAUUAAAGACAAUUUGGAUGUGAAGACUGUUUCGCGUAUCAACGCUUGGCAAAUCGUGAGAACGUUUGAUAAGAUUUCACAUUCCAAAGUAUGCGUUUUGAGACCUCCUUGUUGGGGCAAAACUACCACUCUGCAUAUUUUAAAAUUGUACUAUUCCAAAGUUUUCCAUACGGGAACAUUCGAGGAAGUAAACCUUGAAAUUCCAAUAAAUAUUCUAAAAGGUCAUCAAAGUUUUUCGUUUGGCGAAAAACCAUUCGCUUUCUUUCGUAACGCCGAAGACGACGAGACCAAAGACGAGAAAAAUUGUAAGAACUCGUACGUGUGUUUUCAUCUUGACCUUUCGGUCGUCGUAAACAACAAACUUUCUAAAGUCAGAGUUGAUAUCGCAAACGCAGUUCACGAAACGUUACGCACUUACAAAUCUUUAUUAUCUGAACACGAACGGUUUGGCAAAUGCUUCAAAAGAACUUGUUCUGAAACCGUUGACCACCUUCAUCUACUAGCAUCCGCAUUAGAAUACCUGACGUACCAGAAAGUAUUUAAAUCGGCUGACAAACUAUUAUUUAUCGACGAUAUCGAUUUUCCGCUUCUCAAAUUGCAAAACGCUGAAGAAAGAAAAUGUAUCAUCAACUCGCUGGAGAGUUUAACGAAACGUCUCGUUAAUUUUGAUUAUCGAAUUAUUUGCUUCGGAGUAUUUCCUGGAUUUUGCAAAGACGCGAUGGCCGAUAGAUCGACUAAAUUCUUCCAUGUUGAUGAACCAACGUUAAAACCACUGUUCGGAUUAAAUCACGUCGAGGUAAAGCGCUUGAAGAACGAAGACGCUAGUUUAGCGAAAUUUGCCGGUGGUUACACUUAUCCUGGUACGAAGGACUUUUCGCUUUAUUGCAUGCAGUUAAGAGAAAACAGCCAGUCUACGUUCGAAGAAUCUAAGUUGAGAUCGAAAUCGUACGCCUUUAUUUGGAAAAGAUUUGGCGAAUCUACUUACCUUUACAAUCUUGCGUUACAGCUCCUCGAAUACGAUUACGUUUUCGCACCAGAAAAAAGAUGGUCGCUGGAUCGACAAUUACUGGAUCUAUUAUAUCACAGUGGAUUUGUUGUCAAGAUGUGUACGGAAAAUUUAUCCCUUGAAGUGUGGCGUAAUUUAAAAAACAAUAUUGAGAAUCAACUCGACCCUACGAAGUUGGUAUGUUAUGCGUUUCCCAACGCAAUUAUGAAGAAUUCGCUGCGAAGUUUUGUUUGCAUACGCGCUAGCUAAAGAUGUUUUCCUCCAAAAAUUGUGAAAUCUAAUCCGUAUUUCGUGUUUUAAUUAGGUAAUAAUAAGUAUUUUGAUUUUGAA